GCUUUACAUCGAUCGGUGUUAGACUCAUAAUAAUGAUGAUGUAGAUCGCGCGUACACGCAAUACAAGUCGAGUCAGUAUCAUUUCGGCCGCAACAGCAGCAUCAGUGCACAUUUAACACGCGUCGACGCGUCAACGAUGGCACUCGUCGAUCGAUCUUACGCAUCGCACGAGAAAAAAUUAUGAGGCUCGUCGUGACCGGUAAUUUUGCGACAGACGAGUCGAUUGCUACUUCCGAAGCACCAUCGUCACCACUGUGUUCGAGCUGUUGGAUCGCUGUCGACGCAGUCGUCAUCACCGUUAUUAUUCUUGGAAACGUCUUAACGAUUCUAGCGGUCAGAUUGAGCCGAAGACUGCGCAAUCCACAAUCGAAUCGGCUGAUUUUGAGCCUCGCCGUAUCGGACCUGUUGGUAGGCCUCGCCGUGAUCUAUCACCUCCUAUUUUUUCUCGACGCGAGACUAGCCUGCUACAAGUACUCGUGCAUACCGAGAUUCGUGUUCCCGGCGUUCUGUUGCUGCGCGAGUUUUUGCAAUGUUACAGCGAUUGCCUUUGAUCGCUAUUUAGCUAUAAUACACCCACUGAAAUACAGCGAGUAUGCAAGGGAGAGAUUAUUUACAGUGGCGAUAACGAUAAUAUGGGCGUGCUCGGCCUUCGUUUCGACUAUUCCGAUCUACUGGAAUAUCUAUGACAGUUCCAACGUCUGCGAACUUUAUACAGUAUUUCCGAGAUUAUACAUGAUCGCCAUUCUCACACCACUGUUCGUUACCGUUUGGUUGAGCAUAUUCGUUCUUUAUCUGAGAAUAUGGCGAGAGGCGAGGAUACAUGCGCGUCGAUGGAAACUCACCGGAGCCAACGAUCUCGACCGCGACUCUAGCCAAAAGAAGAGUAUCCAGGUUGUGCUUCCUAUUCUUGGAUGUUUUACAAUUUUUUGGUUACCCUACGUGGUCGUAGCUUUGGUUCACGUGAUUGAUGUCGAUCAACAACCGAGCCCAACGAUAUACCGCGUCAUGUUUUCCAUGGCAAUGUUGAACAGCGCCGUUAAUCCCAUUAUCUAUGCUUGGAAAAAUCGAGCUUUCCGCAAGGCUUUUAAAAAAUUAAUGCGGUGUCGUUCGCCCGAUUACAAUCAAUUUAACUCCAGUUUUCAGCAUUACUUAAGAAAACAAGACGAACUAGUGCAGAGAGAUGUGAAAAAUGGCCCUGAACGGUUAUUAAAAGACGCGGUUAAAAACCACAAAACAGCGAUAGAGCACGACCCGAUGUUAUCGACGGAAAAUUUGUGAAAUUGUAUAGUGUCAAGUAUGAUCGAUCGAUCAUUGUAUCAUUUGUACUUAAUAUGAAUACUCAUAAUUUAAAUUUUCAUGAAUAACGUAUGAUGUGUAUUGUAAAUAAUAAAAACGAAAAUGAAUUGAUAA